CAGAAAUGCUGUGCCGUUUUAGUCGCCGAGCGUCAGCUUCGGACCCUAUGUCGGCCUCCCCCACCACCAUCACGUGAAUAUGCAGAUAUUCUUGCGAACACAUCCCACACUCCACUCCAUUCUUCAAGCUACUGUUCAGGAUACACAUGUAAUAGAUCAUUGAAUCCCUGUCUUGCAUCACGAUCGCUUAAUCUUGAAGUCAUUGUUGACUCUGAGCCUCGUCCCGCCUUAUCUUUCACCACGCCGGAUCUCGAGGCUGGUUGCAAGUCACGCAACUCAUUAUCUACGGUGGCUACCUAAUCUGACGCCAUGUCCUUCCCCAUGGAACCCCUCCCCCGGAUCGCCUGUUUCCACGGAGGUGGCAGCACCGCCUCCAUCUUCACUAUUCAGAGCGAACAACUCACCAGGCUCCUCUCCAAUACCUUCCAAUUUGUCUUCUUCGAUGCACCUUUCGAGCGAGAUGCCGGCCCAGGUGUCCUUCCCAUCUUCACUUAUGACCAGUACGGGCCGUACCGAACGUGGUUUACGCGGUCUCCAGACGGGACGGAACGGGUUGAUGGGAGGGGUGAGAAUGGGAAGGGGGAAGGAGGUGUGGAGAGGGCGUUGAGACUGAUUGCUGAGGAGGGUGGUGAGGGCGAGUGGGUGGGUUUGAUGGGGUUUAGUCAGGGGACGAGGGUAGUGGGGGGCAUUUUGGCGGAUCAGAUGAGGAGGAGGGAGAUGGGAGUGCCGAAGGCGGAGGGAGAGUUGGAUUUUAGGUUUGGGAUUCUUUGUAUGGGUGGAGCGGCGCCGAUGGUGUCGGAUUUGAUGCAUGCUUCGCUUUCGGAGGACUUGAUUAAUAUCCCGACGUUACAUUUGCAUGGGACGAAGGAUGUGAAUUAUGAGAAUGGGAAGAAACAGCUCAAAGCUUAUUACGAUCAGAGUACGGCAACGGUGUGGGAUAUUGUGUAUCAUCAUGCUAUGCCAUGGUAUCGAGCGGAUGUGCUGAAAUUCGUGGAGAUGGUUAGGAAGUUGUAUGCUGAUACUAAGGGGACUUAGUGAGUGGGAAGAUCUGCAUAGCGAUUUGAAAUCCUUGGAGGGCGUUGGUGGAGCGGGUUAGAAGAUAGGCAAGACCUUAGCUGGAUUUGUUUGGAUUUCAGGAUAAGGCGGCAUGGAGUCUUAAGAGCCGUAAUCUCCCAAGGAUAGAAUUUAUAGAAUAUGCAAUUUG